AUGCAGCAGAUGGAAGCUGCAAGGGUGGCUGCCGAGGAUGCUCAUCGGCAGCAUAUGGAGGCCCUCCACCAACUGGAGGAGAAUAGGGCGGUUGCCCCUGUGUUUGGUCCCGAGCCACGACCUGCAGUCAGAGAGUGGAGUCUAGAAGACUUUCUGAAACACCAUCCUGUGAAGUUCAACGGGAAGACCAGCCUAGAUGCAGCCGAUCAGUGGCUGAAGGCCCUGGAGAGGAUCUUCGAUGCGAAGAUGUGCCCGGCAGAGAACCGGUUGGCGUUUGCAGUUUAUAUGCUAACCGGAGAGGCUGAACAUUGGUGGAUUAGCAUGAAGUCCAUCAUGGAGGAGCGAGGCGAGCCAGUGACUUGGGAGGCCUUCAGGGGGAGAUUUCUCUCCGAGUACUUUCCAGAUAGUGUCAGAUAUGCUAAGGAGGUGGAGUUCCUCCAGCUCACACAGGGAGGGAAGUCAGUAGCUGACUAUGCUGAGAAGUUUAAGCAUCUCAGCCGUUUCUACACCUUGCCACUCGAUGAGGAGUGGAGAUGUCGCAAGUUCGAGAAUGGACUCCGCGGCGACAUUCGCUUCAUGAUGAAGAAUGAGGUAGAGGGUCAGCGGCCUCAGCAGCCUCAGAGGAUUGGUGGACCAUCUGGGUCCAAGCCCAGACAUGACGAGCGGAGGAGACCGUAUGACAGACCUCCUCAUCAGCCUCAGGGGUCUAGGGGUCUUCCUCCCCAGCAGGGUCGAGUGCAGUGCUACAUAUGUGGGGGCCCUCAUCUGAGGAGUGCCUGCCCGCGUAUGGAGGGUUACCGUCGGUGCAACAACUGUGCAACACGCCCUCCAGUUCAGACUCCUCACCAGCACCAGCGGAGAGAUAGAGGCAACCGGCCUCAGGCGACAGGCAGGGUAUAUGCCAUGACCGGAGCAGAGGCUGCAGGCUUAGGUAAUCUUGUUAUAGGUCGAUGCAUGAUAGCGGGUGAAUCUUUGUGUGUGCUGUAUGAUUCUGGAGCGACACACUCCUUUGUGUCAAUUGCUUGUGUGGAGGGUCUGGGUCUGCCGGUAUGCGAGCUGUAUUGUGAACUUGCAGUAUCUACCCCGACAUCGGGUUUGGUCAGGACAUCGUCCUUGUGUGUCAGGCUUCCAGUGGAGGAGAAGAAGUUGUUGUUUCCCGACUCAGAGGAGCCUGAGUUGGUAUCUUCCCAGGGUGUUAUGAGGGAACUACAGGACGGUGCGCAGUGCUACAUGAUCUUCACACAUAUGGAGGUGGAGAGAGGAGAGACGACGUCUGUGAUACCAGUCGUCCAGGAUUUUGAGGAUGUGUUUCCGGAGGAGGUACCAGGAUUGCCUCCCAGUAGAGAGGUGGAGUUCUCUAUUGAUCUAGUCCCAAGAACAGGCCCGAUCUCGAUGGCCCCAUAUCGCAUGGCUCUGGCAGAAAUCGUAGCCGUCACCUUCCUUAGUGCGCUAAAAGUACGUUCUGCUAGGGUUAGGUUCUUGCCGUUGUCGAGCUGGUUCGAAGUUGUCUCCUACUCCAGUUCUUCUGUUCGUUCCUUGAGCUGUUGUGCUCGUGCGUUCGGUAGCGAGAGAGUGUCGGGUCGUUUUGCUAGCUUAUUCCAGGUGCGAACAGUGGCGGACACUGUUAGACUCGCCCAGGCGAGCUUGACUCACCCAGGCGAGAUGUGCAGAGGCUCGCAAAGAGCUUUUUGCGCGAGUGGUCGCUCAGGCGACCAGGGUGUGUUUUGA